CUCAGGCAAGCAGUCGCGCAGUCGCGUAAAAACAAACUGCGAGGUAGUAUAUAUACUGCACUAGACGAGAGAUACAACUUAAAGACAGAUUGUUGAGGUUAAGUGCUGUGUUCUCUGUACUCGUAUAUUUUUUAGAUAGCCGACUGCGGCAGUUGAUAGUGUCCAAAAGUGUAUACACGAUAUAAUAUGCUGCUCGGCUCAGCUAAAAGUGCAGCUGAAUUGGGCUUUUCAAUGAAAGCAACAGGCAAAUAUAAAUAUGAGGCCUCAAAACUAUGAAAAGUGCCUUAAUGAAGAGGUCAUGGCUUCAAAUGGUUAUACCAAUGCUUCGGCUAUGCCGGUCAAGCAGUCAAAAAACAGCUCACCACCCUGUGAGUCUGGGAAUUCUAUGCCAUGGUUCGGCAUGGACAUUGGUGGCACACUUUGUAAACUAGUAUAUUUCGAGCCAAAAUAUAUCACAAAAGAUGAAGCUGACGCGGAAGUCGAAACUUUAAAAAAUAUUCGUCAAUAUUUGACUAAAAAUUCUGCAUAUGGCAAGACAGGUCACCGAGAUGCGCAUCUUCAAAUGGACGACGUAUACAUACGAGGCAGACGUGGUACAUUACACUUUAUAAGAUUCCCCACGAGCGAGAUGGGUAAUUUUUUAGCAUUGGCAAAGUCCAAAGGUAUGGCUACGUUGGUGACAACGGUAUGUGCAACUGGUGGUGGAGCUUACAAAUUCGAAGAGAACUUUAAAAAGGAAGUUAAUCUGAGUUUGGCAAAGUUCGACGAGUUGGACAGUCUGAUUAAGGGUAUGUUGUACAUCGAAAUGAACAAUCCAAACGAAUGUUACUACUAUGCGAAUCCAACUGACGACGAUAAGUGUCAGAAGAUGCCGUAUGACUUCUCCGAGCCAUAUCCAUUCCUGCUUGUAAAUAUUGGUUCCGGGGUCAGCAUCCUUACUGUACAAGGUCCAAACAACUACAAAAGGAUAAGUGGUACUAGUUUAGGUGGAGGUACAUUUUUAGGAUUAUGCUGUCUACUGACUGGAUGUAAUACAUUCGAGGAAGCAAUAGAAUUGGCCACCCAUGGGGAUAGUAAUAGAGUAGAUAAGUUGGUCAAAGAUAUUUACGGAGGUGACUAUAGUCGUUUUGGUUUACCAGGGGAUCUCGUCGCGAGCAGUUUUUACGAUGUCUAUAGCUUUGGGCAAAUGAAUUCUAAAGACAGAAGAAAUGCCGUUUCUAAAGAAGAUCUCGCCCGAGCAACACUCGUCACAAUCACAAAUAAUAUCGGCUCUAUCACGAGGAUGUGCGCUGUUAAUGAAAAAAUCGAGAGGGUAGUUUUUGUUGGCAACUUUUUACGCGUUAAUCCUAUUUCGAUGAAAUUACUCGCUUCUGCCAUGGAUUAUUGGUCUAAAGGAACACUCAAAGCUCUUUUCUUAGAACACGAGGGAUACUUCGGUGCAGUUGGAUGCCUGUUACAAUUCACUGGUAACACCAGUUAAAGAAAAUUAAUAUCACAUAAUGCACAAACUGCAAAUAGGAUCAUAUUAACAUAACUGUGUCAGCAGUCACAAGAAAUGAAUUAUCGGAUUUUUAUUGUUUCUUAUGAUUGUUAACUUAUUGACGUAUUUAAUAAUUUCUACAUAAGAACGAUAUCAUUCCAAGCGUGAAUGGCAAAUGGGCAAAUUCUUCGACAUUUUUUUAUAUAGCUUAUAUUUGGAAGUAAAAUAUCUAAUCUGAUUUGGCAAUUAUAACUUUUCUAAUAACUUAUGGCUUAAAAAGAAAAUAUUUUUAUAUUUUAACCACAUAAUUGUGACUUAGGAAUAGCCCAAUUUCAAUCUUGCUUAAAAUUGAAUAUUUUAUAGAAAUUGUUUGUUAAUUCACUACAACUAGAAUAGUAGAUUAUUUUUCUAUUUACGCUACUCUCUUUUGAAGCUAACUAUUAUAAAUAUGUUUUUAUAUUAAUGUUGAAGAAGAAGUUCAGAUAGAUUAUAAAAGUAGCGUUACAUACGAUGUCUUUUCCUUUGUAUUAACUGGAAUUGUGAAAGGGAUUUUUAGCGUAAAUUAUGUAUAAGGUUUCUGUUUGAUAAAUAGACGAAAUCAUGACUGGUAAUAGUAUAUAUACUAGAAGCUUCCUUUGUUACGAUUAAAAAAACCAUUAUGUGUAACAAAAACGAAUUAAUGUUACGCGCUUACAUAAUAUAAAAGUCGAUAUUAUUUUAUUUUAUUAUAGAAUCCAAUCGCUCAAAAAUAGUUUUUUUUCAAUAAAUUAUAUAUUACAAAUUUUAUUUUAUAUAACGAUGAUAAUAUUAAUUAUUAAUUUUACACUUUGUUAUUCUGAUACACUGCUAUGCACUCGUUUAAAAAUUUAAAUAAUAAUUAAUAAUGUACAAAUGCAACGCAUAAUAUUAUUAGGUGAGGUAAUACAUUAUCAAUCUGUUUAUUAAAAAAUAGGAUAUAUUAAUUAUAUGUAUUAUAAAUAUUAUGAUAAUUUAAAAAUGAUUUGAACAUGAUAUAUAAUUUAUAGGCGCUGACUAUUAAAAAAAUCACAUUUGGUGAUAAUUUUGUGUUGGAAGAAUAUGUAACUUUUGAAUGUACAUUGAUAAGCUUUUUCAUUCUUUUUCAAACUUUUCUAAUGCACAUGACAUUUCAUACAAAAAAAAAUGCACAAAAUUUCAUGAAAGUAAUAUCAACGAAAAAUCAAUAUUGGAAUUGGCUAGUAAUUAAUAUCUUUGCCUAAUGUGAUUGUUAUUUCGUCAGUGCGAAUGAUUUUUUAACUAUGUAUGUAGUACAAUUAGAGAGAAAUCAAUAACUCUCGUUUUUUCUCAAGAACAAAAUAAUGUUUCUUCGAUAUAACUUACACCCCGAGAGAAUUGUACAUUUAAUAGAUGACUUUAUUAUUGAAAAAUAUACUUGCAAAGGCACUGGUUAAUCACACAGCAAAGAAUGAGACG